AUGUCUGCCAUAGAACAACUAAAGUCGAAACUCGACGAGUUAAAGAAUGAAUUGGAACUACAUAAAACGACGAAAGCAAGUCGCGACAAAAUCGAAAAAAUGUCGGCAGAAGUCGUGGAUAGUAACCCCUACAGUCGUUUGAUGGCCCUGCAGAGAAUGGGCAUCGUGAAAGAUUACGAAAGGAUACGUGACAAGUCCGUGGCAAUCGUAGGAGUGGGAGGAGUCGGAAGUGUUACUGCCGAUAUGCUGACAAGGUGUGGAGUAGGAAAACUGAUUCUAUUCGACUAUGACAAAGUCGAGUUAGCGAACAUGAACCGACUGUUCUUCACUCCCGAUCAGGCUGGCCUGUCGAAAGUCGCUGCAGCCGCAAACACCCUGAACUUCAUCAAUCCAGACGUAGAAAUCCAUUCCCACAACUACAACAUUACCACUGUCGACUCGUUCGAUACAUUUUUGGACACGAUUCGGACUGGCGGUCGGCAACCAGGAACUCCCGUAGACCUUGUGCUCAGUUGUGUCGAUAAUUUCGAAGCCCGUAUGGCCAUCAACACUGCAUGCAACGAGCUGGGUCUCAAUUGGUUCGAAUCAGGUGUAUCAGAGAACGCUGUAUCGGGUCACAUUCAAUUCAUUCGUCCGGGAGACACCGCCUGCUUCGCUUGUGCGCCACCUCUGGUCGUGGCCGAGAAUAUCGACGAAAAGACCCUCAAACGAGAAGGAGUUUGCGCAGCAAGUCUUCCAACCACCAUGGGCAUUGUUGCUGGAAUGUUAGUUCAGAACACUCUAAAGUACCUACUCAACUUCGGGGAGGUCUCCGAUUACUUGGGAUAUAACGCGUUGAUCGAUUUCUUCCCAAAGAUGAGUUUGAAGCCCAAUCCAAAUUGCGACGACCGACACUGUAUAAGGCAGCAACAGGAAUUCAAAUCCCGACCAAAAGAGGAGAAAGAAGUCGUUUCACAGGAAGCUGAAGGCCCAGUGCAUGAAGAAAACGAAUGGGGAAUCGAACUUGUUGGCGCGACUGAAGAAGAGCCGUUGCCUCCACCAACUACCUCGGAGACCGGACUAAAGCUUGCUUACGAAGCACCCGAAAAAGACGAUCAAGCAGCAGCCGCAUCCUCUCAACCUCCCGGAGCCGACGUUAGCCUCGAAGAUCUCAUGGCUCAAAUGAAAUCCAUUUGAAAUUAAAAACUUUUUCCACGACAA